AUGGAUAUGAAAGAGAAGAUGUGAUGGCCUAUAGGAAAAUAUUUUUAGAACAGAUGAAUAAUUUUGAGUAUAGAAUGCCUAUCUUUUUAGAAGACAAUUUGGAAAAAAUAAUCUGGCCAGAUAAUAAUAUACAAAGACUUAUCCUUAUUACACACGAUAAGUGUAUUUUCUCAGCUUAUGAUAGAA